CUUAAACCCAAUUCUCAGAAAUCAAACACCACCGCACAAAAAAGAAACUUUUUUGUUUCUUUCUUCUUCUUCUUCUUCUUCCCCUUUCGUUUGUUUCUACAGAGAUGGAGUUUGUGCCAAAUCCGUGUCCUCUGAGGUCCUCUCUGUUCGGUUCAUUCGGGGAUCUCGUCGAGAGGAUCAAGCAAAUUGGAACCCUCGCUGUUUCUGCCGUCAUUGGCAACAUCUUCUCUGCGAUCUUGACCUUCUGCUUCGCAUUAGUUGGGACUUUGUUGGGGGCUAUGACUGGAGCUUUGAUAGGACAAGAGACUGAGAGUGGCUUCAUUAGAGGUGCUGCUGUUGGUGCCAUCUCAGGAGCUGUUUUCUCCAUUGAAGUCUUUGAAUCCUCUCUUGUUCUUUGGCAAUCUGAUGAGUCUGGAAUUGGGUGUCUCUUGUACCUGAUUGAUGUUAUUGCUAGCUUAGUGAGUGGGAGACUUGUUCGUGAGAGGAUAGGUCCAGCAAUGUUGAGUGCAGUUCAGAGUCAGAUGGGUGCUGUUGAAACCGGUUUUGAUGAAGUUCAAAACAUCUUUGACACUGGUGGUUCAAAAGGCUUAUCUGGAGAUUUGGUCGAAAAAAUCCCAAUAAUAAAAAUUACUAGCGGAUUAUUUACAAUUCUGUAUUUGUAUAUGCAGGACUUUCAGCUGGGAGAGUCAGUUAGAAGCUUGCCCCAUUGUCAUCACAUGUUUCACCUACCCUGCAUAGACAAGUGGCUGUUUAGACAUGGUUCUUGUCCAUUAUGCAGAAGGGAUCUGUAAUUUUUGUAUAUGUCACAUACCGUAAAAAAGGUUCUUUCUUUUUGUUUAUGUAUUUUUCCCUCCCUUUUUGUUUAUAUGCUUAUUUAAUUCUAGUUCUAGGACUAAUACUCGGUUAAAUCUAGUGGGGGCUAUUGCAGUUAUGAGUAGUAUCAUCAUUGUACUAAACUAGUGUAAAGAAAAUUUUGAGAUAAAUUUUACCUUUUUGUACAUGAAUGAGUGGAUUAUCCUUCCUUUUAA